GUUCCUGUAAAAAUCUUUCUACGGUUUAAAUCCAAUUGAUGUGGAUACGAGUUUCGUCUCGAUAUCUCUUCUGUAGACGUUACCGCAAAAUACAUAUGCAAACAGAUUGUUCAAAAGUGGAUUCGGAUGUGUUUUCGAAUUUCUUCCCGUAUUUUUUUAUCCGAUCAAUAGCUAAUCAAGAAUGUAAGAAGCUGGUUGCAGAACUGUUUAUUCCAUAUUCGAUCCCAGCAUCAACUAAUUUUGAAGUUCAGCAGGAUCGUAGACAACGACGAUUUUCUUUUGAAUGUUCGGUUCACGAACCAUUAUCGGUUUUCUUCACUCGUCUUAUAUCUUCCAUUAAUGGCCAGUAUUUGAAAGGAAGGAGUAUAUCAACCAAUAACAGAGUUUAUUUAGCUACAAAAGCUAACUUGGUUUGCAAAAGUACAGAUGGAUCUACUGCUUUAACAGAAUUUAGUAAUGACAAGACUCUUGAAGAUUGUUUUCUAUCAGACUCUACUGAUAAUAAUGCUAGUAAACCGUAUCAAUUAUUGUUGCAAAUAAACUUUUCCAUGCAUGACUAUCCUGAAAAAAAUACCUUGCUUGUUUAUGUUGUCCAGAGAAACCCAGCACAUAUAAUCCAAUGCCGUUUAAAUACAAUUCCAAUGGUGGGUUGCCCUGUUGUACCGCUUCUCGAAGGAGAAAAUAUAUGUCUGACAAAUUCUGAAUUUCUAUGGUUUGUUGGACAGUCUAAAAAAUGGCCAGAUAAACCGUGUCACAAAGGCUUCUUAUUCAUACCAACUGAAGAUCAUGUUGGUUUAUCAAUUCAGUUGAAAGUUCGUGUACGUGACAUUAAAGGUAUGGCCGGUGUCCCAUUCGGAACAAACAAAUUUUUUGAUCCUUAUGGACAACCGAUUGAAUGCAAAUCGCCUGUGCUUAUAGCUCCUAAUCAAGUAUUUCAUCAGCAGAGGUAUAAGUGGAUUGAAAACAAUCAAUUAGAUUCACAACAUUUACGUGUUGUAAGUUACAAUAUUCUGGCCGAAAUGUAUGCUCGAUCUGAUUUUGCUCGUGCCCAUAUAUUCAAACAUUGCCCAGAGGCUUGUAUCAGUUCAGCCUACCGAUUACCGUUGAUUUUACGUGAACUGUUUUCUUAUCAGUCGGAUUUUAUCUGCCUUCAAGAAGUCGAUCGAUGGGUUUACGAGAAAUACCUUCUAAAUGCUUUAAGAUCCCAUCGAAAUAUGGACGGCAUAUUCUUAGCUAAAAGAGCAGUCAUAACUGAUCCGAAUGAUCCGGCUAAAGUUAUAGUUGACACAGAAAAAGAAAAGGGUGAAGGUUGUGCAAUCUUCUAUCGUCGUGCUCGGUUUGAACUUGUGUCGAAAUGCGGCCUACCAUCGAUACUUCAUUAUGCAUCAACCGUUCCAUUUUUAUCAACUAUGUUAAACAGUUUCAAUUCCACAACCUUAAGCUGUAGCUCAACGGGCCAUUCAUUUAGUGAAGAGAAUACCGAAACCCAUAUUCAAAAGUCAUUAUCGCAGUGUCUGAUCAGUGGGAUAUUUCGAGAGAAGUCGACCACAUCACAAUCUCCUUUACUAAUUGUUUCUAAUGCCCACUUCUAUUUUCAUCCUUCAGCUAGUCCGAUUCGAAUAAUUCAAGCGCGUACAGUUCAUUACUACUUAUCAAAACUUGCUAUGGAUUACAGACAGUCGGAUAAUAAACCAAUUCCAAUUGUUUUUUGUGGGGAUAUCAAUCAGUGUCCAGGUAGUGAUGUGUAUACCGCUCUCACUCAAGGUGAUGGAUGCCCAUGUGAUGAGGAGGUUGCUUAUCAGCCUAUAUUUGAAUCAGCUUAUGUAAAUAAUCCACCUGAAUUUACUAACUGGGUGCCUGGAUUUCACAAUGUUUUGGACGUUAUAUUGUAUAAUACAGACUCAGAUUUAAAAUGUAUUCAUGUGUUGCCGAUUGAUCCACUGGAGAAAAUCCAAGAGUUGUUGAUUCAGUUAAUCAAUGAGAAUGGUCAAAUUGUGCAAGAUUCUAGCGAAUUGGGUCUCCCAAACGCCUACUUCCCAAGUGAUCAUAUCGCACUUGUAGCUGAUUUUUCAUGGGACUCUUUAGAACAUACAAGUGAAUAG